AUGCAGCGUGCGUUGACAAGAGCCUCGGUCUCUUCCCCGCUUGGGGCCGCCAGAGUCCGGUCGACCCAGCAGCUCCGCUUCGCUCACAAGGAGCUGAAGUUCGGUGUCGAGGGCCGUGCCGCUCUCCUCAACGGUGUCGAGACCCUGGCCAAGGCCGUGGCCACCACCCUCGGCCCUAAGGGUCGCAACGUCCUCAUCGAGUCAAGCUUCGGCUCGCCCAAGAUCACCAAGGCAGAUGGUGUAACGGUCGCGAGGGCCAUUUCCCUCAAGGACAAGUUCGAGAACCUCGGUGCUAAGCUUCUGGCCGAUGUCGCCUCCAAGACGAACGAGGUUGCCGGUGACGGUACCACCACGGCGACUGUGCUCGCCCGUGCCAUCUUCUCCGAGACCGUCAAGAACGUGGCUGCUGGCUGCAACCCCAUGGAUCUCCGCCGUGGUAUCCAGGCCGCUGUUGAGUCGGUCGUCGAGUACCUCCAGACCCACAAGCGCGACAUCACCACCAGCGCCGAGAUCGCCCAGGUCGCUACCAUCAGCGCCAACGGCGAUGAACACAUUGGCGCCCUGAUCGCCAACGCCAUGGAGAAGGUCGGCAAGGAGGGUGUCAUCACCGUCAAGGAGGGCAAGACCAUGCAGGACGAGCUCUCGGUCACCGAGGGCAUGCGCUUCGAUCGCGGUUUCGUCUCCCCCUACUUUAUCACCGACGCCAAGGCCCAGAAGGUUGAGUUUGAGAAGCCUCUGAUCCUCAUGUCGGAGCAGAAGAUCUCGGCCGCCGUGGACAUCAUCCCCGCCCUCGAGAUCUCCAACAAGCUCCGCCGCCCUCUCGUCAUCAUUGCCGAGGACUUCGAGGGUGAGGCCCUUGCCGUCUGCAUCCUCAACAAGCUCCGUGGCCAGCUCGAGGUCGCCGCCGUCAAGGCCCCCGGUUUCGGUGACAACCGCAAGUCCAUCCUUGGCGAUCUUGCCGUCCUAACCAACGGCACCGUCUUCACCAACGAGCUGGACGUCAAGCUCGAGAAGCUCACCCCUGACAUGCUCGGCAGCACCGGCUCCAUCACCAUCACCAAGGAGGACACUAUCAUCCUCAACGGCGAGGGUAGCAAGGACGCCAUCGCUCAGCGCUGCGAGCAGAUCCGCGGCGUCAUGGCCGACCCCACCACCUCCGAGUACGAGAAGGAGAAGCUCCAGGAGCGUCUUGCCAAGCUUUCUGGCGGUGUUGCCGUCAUCAAGGUCGGCGGCUCCUCCGAGGUUGAGGUGGGCGAGAAGAAGGACCGCUUCGUUGAUGCCCUCAACGCCACCCGUGCCGCCGUGGAGGAGGGUAUCCUCCCCGGUGGUGGCACUGCGCUCAUCAAGGCCUCAUGCAACGCUCUCAACGACCUGAAGCCUGCCAACUUCGACCAACAGCUUGGCGUUAGCAUCGUCAAGAACGCCAUCACCCGCCCGGCGCGGACCAUUGUCGAGAACGCCGGCCUCGAGGGCUCUGUGGUCAUUGGCAAGCUCAGCGAUGAGUAUGCCGGCGAUUUCAACAAGGGCUUUAACAGCGCCAAGGGCGAAUACGUCGACAUGAUCGAGGCCGGUAUUCUUGACCCCCUCAAGGUCGUCCGGACUGGCCUGAUCGACGCCAGCGGUGUCGCCUCGCUCCUCGGCACCACCGAGGUGGCCAUCGUCGAGGCUGCUGAUGACAAGCCCAUCGGCGGUGGCGGCAUGCCCGGUGGCAUGGGUGGCAUGGGCGGUAUGGGCGGCAUGAUGUAA